UCCUGGGUGAGGGGGCUCCUGGGCUGGGUGGUGGCUACUGGGGCCCAUUGCAGGUGCCACCUGUGCUGGAGGAGUUGGAGUGAGGCCAAGGGUGGGGAGGAGGAGAUGAUGUCAGAGGAGCCUCAGCGCGCCCCCCGCCCCUCACAUCCUCCUCCUCCCCCAUCCUGUUCCCGGCCCCUCCCCCAUUCCUCCCAGGCCAGUAGGUUGGGGGCGGGAGUGGAGGGGGUGGGUAGAGGCAGGGUUGUUUGUGUCUCUCCUAAGCCAGGAAGUUGUGCAGAUGAGUCAAGGUUGAAUGGAGAGCCCCAGGCAGUGCUGUCCCACCCCACCCUGACUCACCUGUCCCCAAAAUCUCCUCAUGCCCUCACUUAAGGGUUGGGGACCUGCCUCAUCCUGGGGAGGUCAAUCCCAGGUUUCUUAGGCACCUAACAACACUGGCCCAGUGUCUGGAGAGCAAGCAGGGGCCUGAACUGUGAGUCCUCCCAGGUCCUCCCAGGUCUCAGCCCAGCCAAAAGGGUCUUGGUUCCUGUGGAGGAGGGGCCUGCAAUGCCUCUACCUGCUAGUGGGCAUCUUUGCCCCAUCUCUUCUCUCCUUACUCGUCCAGGAUGCCUGUGUAGUGCCUGUGGGUGAUAAGACAUGGGUAAGAUCCUGGCCUUGCCUGGGGUGGCCGGGUAUCUUCAGACCAGUGGGUGGAUAAGACAGGUGCACGGUAAUUGGCGCAGAGGCCCCAGCACAGUGCGGAGAGGGAGCCCUUCAGUCUGAAUGUGGAAAAUCCAGGAAGGCUUCUCAGAGGAAGUAGCUUGGCAUUGAGGCCUUAAGAAAGUUAGGCAGGAGGAGGGGCCUGGGGAAGGCACACAAGGUUUGGGGGCUGCUAGGGCCAGGGCCCCCAGGCUAGCUUUCUCCCUCCCACAGCAGCCGAGCCCGCCUCCUGCCCUCCUGGUUCCUGUCCUUCCGCACUUCCUUCUCCCCUUCUGUGCAUCACUCAGCACUUGGGCAGGCGUUGCCACAACAGGCUCUGACAACAAAGCACUGGAAAAACCUGGGGCAGAGCCCAGAGGAAUGUCAUGGAGCUGGGUCUAUCUCCACCUCAUCUCAGCAGCUCCUCAGAAGACCUGUACCUGGCCCCUGGGACCCCUCCUGGGACUCCCCCGCCUCCCGAUGUUCCUCUGUCUGGGGAGGUGAAGAGGUCCCAGCCUCUGCCCAUUCCGACCAGCAGGAAACUUCUUCGACAGGAGGAGCUGCGGUCAACCUCUCUACCCUCCAUCCCCAACCCCUUCCCCGAGCUCUGCAGUCCUCCUUCACAGACCCCCAUUCUUGGGGGGCCCUCCAGUGCAAGGGGGCUGCUCCCUCGAGACACCAGCUGCCCCCAUGUCAUAAAGGUGUACAGCGAAGAUGGGGCCUGCCGGUCAGUGGAGGUGGCAGCGGGCGCCACGGCUCGCUACGUGUGUGAGAUGCUGGUGCAGCGAUCUCAUGCCCUGAGUGACGAGAACUGGGGGCUGGUGGAGUGCCACCCCCACCUAGCACUGGAGCGGGUCUUGGAGGACCACGAGUCGGUGGCGGAAGUGCAGGCUGCCUGGCCCAUCGGCGGAGACAGCCGCUUUCUCUUCCGGAAAAACUUUGCCAAGUACGAGCUGUUCAAGAGCACCCCACACUCCCUGUUCCCAGAAAAGAUGGUCUCCAGCUGUCUGGACGCACACACGGGCAUAUCCCACGAAGACCUCAUCCAGAACUUCCUGAAUGCAGGCAGCUUCCCAGAGAUCCAAGGCUUCCUGCAGCUACGGGGGUCAGGACGCAAGCUUUGGAAACGCUUCUUCUGCUUCCUACGCCGGUCUGGCCUCUAUUACUCCACCAAGGGCACCUCCAAGGAUCCGAGGCACCUGCAGUAUGUAGCAGAUGUGAAUGAGUCCAACGUGUACGUGGUGACCCAGGGCCGCAAGCUCUACGGGAUGCCCACGGACUUUGGCUUCUGUAUCAAGCCAAACAAGCUUCGAAAUGGCCACAAGGGGCUUCGCAUCUUCUGCAGUGAGGAUGAACAGAGCCGCACCUGCUGGUUAGCCGCCUUCCGCCUCUUCAAGUAUGGGGUGCAGCUGUAUAAGAAUUAUCAGCAGGCCCUGUGCCGCCACCUGCGCCCACCCUGUGUGGGUUCCCCGCCCUUGAGGAGUGUCUCAGACAACACCCUGGUGGCCAUGGACUUCUCUGGCCAUGCCGGGCGUGUCAUCGAGAACCCCCGGGAAGCUCUGAGUGCCGCCCUGGAGGAGGCCCAGGCCUGGAGGAAGAAGACGAACCACCGUCUCAGCCUGCCCACCCCGAGCUCGGGCACGAGCCUCAGUGCAGCCAUCCACCGCACCCAGCCCUGGUUCCACGGACGCAUUUCCCGCGAGGAGAGCCAGCGGCUCAUCGGGCAGCAGGGCCUGGUAGACGGCGUGUUCCUCGUCCGAGAGAGUCAGCGGAACCCGCAGGGCUUUGUCCUCUCGCUGUGCCAUGUGCAGAAAGUCAAACAUUACCUCAUCCUGCCGAGCGAGGAGGAGGGGCGCCUGUACUUCAGCAUGGACGAGGGCCAGACUCGCUUCACCGACCUGCUGCAGCUUGUGGAGUUCCACCAGCUGAACCGCGGCAUCCUGCCCUGCUUGCUGCGCCACUGCUGCACCCGCGUGGCCCUCUGACCGCCACACAGGCAGGCCUGCGUCUCAGCGCACCUGGGCUGCCCACCCACCUCCGCUCCUAGGGUGGACUCGGAGAGGGCAGAAAGCGGGGCCACGGUCAUCGUGAACGGCCGGGGGCUCCCCCACUCCGGUUUCCUCCUCUGCUCCUGGCCUCCCUCAGGCCGAAAGUGCUCCCCGCCCGGUCCACCCUUAACUUCUCCUUAAGGGAAGGCACUUGGGUGGGCACCUCCCCUUCAUGGCGCUGCUCUGGGGCAGGGCAUUAUGGGAGAAAUGGGGGCAGCCCAGGUGGUCUUUACACUCCACACUUUGUACAGACUGAGAGGCCAGUUGACCUCUGUUUUAUACUAGUGACAAUAAAGAUUAUUUUUCGGUA